AUGCCAGCCCUCUCUUCCACGCGGUGUUGCCUUCCGGCCAAGACGCUCGACCGUAUCAUUGACAACUGCGAUAUGAAAACGAAGGUCACCCUAAGACCCGUCUCGAACCAGUUCCGCGCAGUUCUCAACGGCCGAACAAAACGUCUACAGAUAUACAUUAACGACCACGUCUCUGACAGCGCCGUUUUUUGCGUCGUGUUUUUCCAUGAGCUGGACAAACGGUUCAUCGAGAGAUUUGAACAAUUCGUUCCACCUAAUAUGGACCAACUCAUGUUACCCGAAGUGAACGCAUCAGAUUUUCCGGAGCUCUUCAUAGACGACCAACCGAGUGACGAGUUCCGCGACCCAGCUCAUGAGGACGAGGAAGGCGUUCCAAUGGACGAAGACGACGAUCACGAUCCAUUUCCUCAGAAUAACGAAGACGCUUUAGUUUACGAGGCAGUUUACGAUGACGAGGAAGGCGCUACAUUCUAUCUGGACGGGGAAGACGCUCCAAUGUACAACGAGUCUCCAUUUCCCGAGGAUGACGAAGACACUUCGAUGUAUGAUGACGAGGAAGGCGAUCCAUUCUCUGGCGACGAGGAAGACGCUUCAAUAUACGACGAUGACGACAACGAUGACGACAACAACAACGACGACGACGACGACGACGAGGAAGUCGGCCCAUGGAACUUUCCUGGCCAUUGCGCUCCCCUGUCACCGAAACAAGUCAAGACUCUCCGAGGGAUGCUUCCGAUGGACGCCCUGAAGCUGGAAGCAAUCAAGGCCCGUUUGGAUAACAUUAACGAGUUCGUCGACAAGUACCUUUGGAAGUUGCGAGGCGAUAAAUUCUGGACACGCUGCCACGAGUUUUGUGGCCCUGGCGUCUAUGACGGGAUAUGCAAUUUUGCUGCAAGAUAUAUUCGGAGAUUGCUAGCCACCACUGCCGGAAAAGCAUCGUCCGCGGAGGGUUCUUUCUCUUCAUUGGAGCGCGGCUUUUUCCAGACCGACAUCUACCGGUUCUUGAUCUGCAAGUCCAGUCGUCUGGGCCACGUCAUGUUAAAACGUAACGAGAAGAAUUGCAAUGGUCCAGCCGUACUUUGCAGGCUGGAUCGUAGGGAACCAACUCCUGGACUUGUACUUCGUAGGCGGGACGAUCUCAGUGGCGCUCUGGAAUUCGAUCACGUCCUUGAGGAGUCAAAAGUGAUGAGGUAUUUUGAGUUACUGUACGCACCCUCCCAAUUGGACUUUCUUGUUCGAGGGAUGCUCUCGGAAUGUGGUACUAUCCCGCGUAAGUUGCUCCUUCCCAGGCUUUUGCACUUUAUUUGGUCCCGCUUUCACACCCGCAAGAAACUCUCAACUACCUCUACGUAG